ACCCACCCUUUACAGCGGACUCCUCCGUAUUUUUUUCCUGUUACUGGUUUGUUUAUGACGCGGCUCAUUGACUCCGUUAGCUUUACUGCUUUUCAGGAGGUUACUGUUUUUAAAGGACACUUUUUGCUUCUAAUUUUAUGUUCGAUAUUGUGCUGUGAACCAGACCGAUUUACCAGAGGUGGAAGAUAGUUAGCAUUAAGAACCGCAGGUUAUUUGUUAGCCAAGGAUAGGCUAGCAUAUUGCAACGCAAUGACGUGACUCUAGACAAGAAAGUCGUUGUUUCACGACUCCUGGCCUCAGAUUACACGGUUAAUUUUGAUAAGACAACGCAAAGCUAGGCCAGUGCAUAUGCAAGACACGUAAGAAAACAGCUAGUUAGGCUUUGACACAGCUGUCUAACUUGGACUAGCUGCUGAGCUAAACUGUUAGCAUGGCUUCAGAUACAAGUGACACCGAGGAAUUCUAUGAUGCUCCAGAGGACAUUAGCUUCUCUCCUUCUCCAAAAGUGCCGCCUGUGAAGUUUGUCUGUCCUUCACCUCAGUUAUCACAAAGUUCAGAUGCUGUGCAGGAUGUGAGCUGUGCUGCUCUCGAGACUCAGCAGGACGAUCCUCUGCAGAUCAUUGAUAGCAUCAUCGAGGAGAGUCAGAAGGGAAGCGUUGAGGAUGUUGGUGAUGUGGUUCAGUUGUUGGAUGAGCUAAAUGUUGAGGAAAGAGCCGAGUCAAAGGAAGAGCAGAUCGUCGCGGGAGUUCCUGAGGAGCAGCCACCGGGAGCUGAGGGAUGUGAACUUGUCAAGGGGCAGGAAGAGGACAGGAGCGUAGCAACGAACCAAGACUGCUCUUCGCCUGAUCCUGAACCCUCGGAGCUUCCAGGACCAUCAUCAUCAUCAGCUGUGUCACAGGAACACGUGCAGCCUCCAGAUAUCACCAGCUCUAUAGGACAGAGGCAGCAAGGCGUCACUGUGGUGGUUACAGAAGACGAAAAGGAACAGAGACCUGCAGACCUCUUAGACCAGGUUCCCUUAGCAGACAGACUGGCUGAUACAGACUCCCAGGGGCCCAUGAAGCCCCCGCGACAAUUUACAGUAGAACCAGAUAUUGUAGCCAGUACAAAGAAGCCUCCUCCCUCUCGCCCACCCCCUCCUGCUGGAGGUCCUCCACCGAGACCACCUCCACCAGCUAGGAACACCUUUCCUUCCAAGAAGUCUCAGGAAACCCUGAGGCCAAGUGGACUAGAAGUGAGUUCAGUCAGCUGUGAUUCUCUGGAUCCCUCGGGCCUGGUGUCGCCGUGCAGCACUGUGAGGAGUUUAACCAAAGACCUUCAGCAUUCCUUGGAUCUGGCCAGCGCCACCAGUGGGGACAAGGUGGUGACAGCGCAGGAAAAUGAGGAUGAACAGGCUUCAUCUCAGAGUGGAGGACAAACUGCCGGCCCUCAGCGUCCACGUUCCAACUCUGGUAGAGAGCUAACAGACGAAGAAAUACUGGCCAGUGUGAUGAUUAAGAAUUUAGACACAGGCGAAGAGAUUCCUUUGAUUCAGGCAGAGGAGAAACUUCCUGCCGGGAUCAACCCGCUCACUCUGCACAUUAUGAGGAGGACCAAGGAAUACAUUACGAAUGAUGCAGCACAGUCCGAUGACGAUGACAAGCCUCAGGCUCCCCUCUCUGACACAGACGGUGGAAAACUGAAGCAGAAAACAACCCAAUUGAAAAAAUUCCUGGGCAAGUCUGUGAAGAAGGCCAAGCAUCUCGCUGAGGAGUACGGCGAGAAGGCGGUCAAUAAAGUGAAAAGUGUGCGGGACGAAGUUAAGAUGUUCCACACAGAUCAGGACGAUCCUUCAUCAAGUGAUGACGAGGGGAUGCCUUACACCAGACCUGUCAAGUUUAAGGCGGCUCACAGCUUCAAAGGUCCUUUUGACUUCGAUCAGAUCAAGGUUGUGCAGGACCUGAGUGGAGAACACAUGGGGGCUGUUUGGACAAUGAAGUUCUCUCACUGUGGGAGGCUGCUGGCAACAGCAGGCCAAGAUAACAUUGUUCGCAUCUGGGUCCUGAAGACAGCCUUUGAUUACUUCAAUAAUAUGAGAAUAAAGUACAACACUGAAGGUCGAGUUUCACCGUCUCCUUCUCAGGAAAGUUUGUGUUCCUCUAAAUCUGAUACUGAUCCUGGGACGAGUUGUAUUCUGGAGGACCCAGACACCGAAGACAGAAAUGUUCCUUUCCGCCAAGUUCCCUUCUGCAAGUACAAGGGCCACACAGCUGAUCUGUUGGACUUGUCCUGGUCCAAGAACUUCUUCUUGCUCUCUUCCUCUAUGGACAAAACGGUCCGGUUAUGGCACAUAUCCAGGAGAGAGUGUCUCUGCUGCUUUCAGCACAUUGAUUUUGUCACAGCCAUUGCUUUCCAUCCCAGAGAUGAUAGAUACUUUUUAAGCGGUUCUCUGGACGGAAAGCUACGACUUUGGAACAUUCCAGACAAGAAGGUGGCUCUGUGGAACGAGGUGGACGGUCAGACCCGACUCAUCACUGCAGCCAACUUCUGCCAAAAUGGGAAAUACGCUGUCAUCGGCACUUAUGAUGGUCGUUGCAUCUUUUAUGACACUGAGCGUCUGAAAUACCAUACUCAAAUCCACGUGAGGUCCACCAGAGGUAGGAAUAAAGUGGGACGCAAAAUUACUGGAAUAGAACCUCUGCCUGGUGAAAAUAAGAUUUUGGUGACCUCGAACGAUUCUCGCAUUCGCCUUUAUGACCUGAGGGACUUAUCUCUGUCCAUGAAGUACAAAGGUUACGUCAACAGCAGCAGCCAGAUUAAAGCAAGCUUCAGCCAUGACUACUCCUUCAUCGUCAGCGGCUCGGAGGAUAAAUACGUUUACAUCUGGAGCACUUACCACGAUCUUAGCAAAUUUACAUCUGUAAGACGAGACCGCAAUGACUUCUGGGAGGGAAUCAAAGCGCACAACGCAGUGGUCACCUCAGCCAUCUUUGCGCCUCAUCCAGGCCUUAUUGUUCCACUAGAAACCGGAACGGAGAAACCAGAAGCGGAUCGCAAGAGUCUGGAUUCCACAGACUCAGAAACAAUACCGUCAGGAGCACUAAAAACUGACCACACAGAGGUUCUUCUCUCUGCUGACUUCACUGGAGCCAUUAAAGUUUUCAUCAACGUCAAAAAGUACUGAGCAGUUCAGGGGUUUCAUUUUUCACAUGCCUGAUGCAGAUUAGUCCUAAAAGUGGGGGACACAGCCUCUCAGGGGUCUAAGAUCUUCUUACUACAUAAUGGUUAAAACUCAAGACAAAAAAAAAAAUACCUAAGGGAAAACAGGAGGAAUAGACUACAAAACGAGUAGGGUGAAGAUCCCUUGACAUAUGUCUAUUUUUUAUCUUUCAUAACAGGCGAAUGUGAAAGGUUUUGCAAUUCUAGAUGUUAAAUAAGGGGAGUGGAGCAGAGCUAAUUUUGUUGUGUAAAUUUAAAGCUGUAACUUUUUAAACAGUAGCUAAAAUGCCUUUUUUGCUACUGGAUGAGCACCUUCCUGAUUUCUUUGUCCCUCAAUUUUCACAAAAAUGUUCUUGUUUUUAUGGUUUGUGAGAUUGUCCUGAUGUCAAGUGGAACCACAUUUUUUUCCUCUAACAUAUCCAACAUUUCUGUACAUCUGCCAAACAGGUGGUCUUUAUGCAGUCAUUACUAACGACUAGAACUGGGCAUCUCCGUUUGUUUUCUCCGCAAAACCGUAAAAAACAUGUUUCUGUUCAAUAAAUGUUUCUUUUGAACUAAAGCACAUUUCACGAUAGGACUGUAAAUUUAUGGCGUAAUAUUGCAAACGUGCUUUUGUAAACAAAUGUACUUUCCUCAAUAAAAUCUUCACAAAUAAAA